AUGUCGCUUCCACAUCAUUCAUUCUUCUUCGUGAUCGUGUCCUUUUCAGGAAGGCGAAUGACCUCGCCGAUUGCGAGGAGUGUUUGGGUUAAUCUAUACAAGCAGUUAGAGCGAGAAGCAGCAAAGUUCCCGCAGUACAACUAUCGUGAAUUCGCGAAACGUCGAAUUCGUGAACACUUUGAGGCGAACCGUGGUGUAACCGAUCCUGUACGUCAGGAACAGCUCCUCAAAGUAAGUUUAUUUGUGUCGCACCUUUCUUCCUGA